CAUGAUGGUUGAUUAUUACUUAGAGGAUUAAUUUUCUCCUUUCUAUUUUGAUAGUAGCCCACAAAAAUGCUUCCUAAAAGAAACACCGGCUCUAUAGCUAGUCAAGGAAUUGGCCUCCAAUGAGGGAGACCACCCUAGGCUAGGCAAGUUGGGUUAGGUAAAGGCAUAACGACUAGUAUACAAAGUGAGCCAAUGAAUUUGAAUGUGGGAGGAGGUGGUGAUCGAAAUGAGUCACAGCAUUCAUCUAUUGGAAAUCAUGAUUGGCAGAGGAUUAAUGACAAUGGAAGACAAAUGGGACAACAGGACCAACCUACUGUUAGAGAGUUGAUGCAAGCAUUUGUAGAUGCAAUGUCAAGGUCGAAAUGUCGAUUGAUAGACUUUGUUAAAUUAACAAAACCUUUUGAUGGUUCCUCCACUGCUCCAGUUGUAGCUGAGGAUUGGAUUGAUGAUAUUGAGAAAGCUUUUAGAGGGAAAGAGGAGCGUAUUCUUACUGCUCUAAUAACACUUGAGAAAUUCAAAGAGUCUUUUUAUAGAGAUUUUAUCCCUAGCAGUGUAAGGGUUGAAAUGCAAAGGAAAUAUUUUAAUUUGCAACAAGGUAAUAAAACAGUGGUUGAUUAUGAGAAGGAGCUUUAUCAACUCUCUAAAUUUGUUUCACCUACUAUUCAAGGGGAUGAAGAAACCAAAAUUCAGAAAUUUACUUUUGGGCUCAACUCUAACGUUCAGCAUGAAGUAAUGACCUUGUGCCUGAAGACCUCUUUUGAGGUUGUUAAUAAGGCUAAGUUAGUGGAGCAAGCUUUUAAACUCACUAAGACUGGGGAAGGGUCAGGUAGUGGGGUGAAGAGGCAAAGAUGGCCUGAGAUACAGAGUGGAAACAAAUUUAGAGGCCUAGGUUCUAGACAAAAUAAGAAACAGAGCACUGGAUUCUCUAAAAGCCGUGUUACAAAAUCAUGAAGCAUAAAUUCUACACUAUGACGAGAUUUGAUAUUGCGUUCCAUACAGAUGCGAUUCCAUCUUGAACCCAAAUAAACAUUAUGCUUGCUUGUAUGUGUAGAAAUGUGGUUCACAUGAAUGCUAAACCCAUAACUCAUCAUCUUCCUCAAGAAUCAUCACUUUAAUAGCACCCAUAUCUUCAUAGAUUCCAUAUUCAUUGGCAUAUUAUUUGAAGAAAUGCUUAAUUUUGUA